AUGACUCUAUCAAAUGCCCGCGAAAGUGAAUAUCAAGCAUCGAUAAUGGCAAUGCAACAUUGCUGGAGCCAAAGAUUCCGGAAAGUAAUCUUUGAGGGUGAUUGUAAACAGAUUAUAGACCAAAUUAGUGGAAAGGUUCUUCACUUCGGUGAUUACAACUGGCUCAGAGAAGUUCGACACUGGAGUACAAAAUUUGAUGAGGUAUACAAUUCGGAUGGACAAAUCGAUCAAACAAUGCAGUAG